UUUCACGUUUUCUCUCUCAUCUGAUCUUUUCUGCAAUUCAAUGUUCUUCGGAAAUUAGGAACUUCAGCCGUUAUUCUCAAAAUCCUGCGGCUCUCUUCCAGCUCCACGUUUCCAUGCAACACCUUCUCUAAAUGUAGGUAAUUUCUUUUUUCAAUUUCGCAUUUUUGUUUUGGGGGCGGCGCGGAUGGUUGUGGCGGUGAAUAACGGAGCUGUAUUGCAUGUUCAGUUGUGCCGUAUCUUCGUGAUUUCAAUCGGUUAUUUUUCGCGUUUUAUGAAGAAAUUAGCUUUCGCCCACUUCAAAGUUGCGACCUUUACUUCUUCAGCAUCUCACAAUCAACAACUCAAGUCCCUCCUUUCAAUUUCGGCAAACCCUUUCUACCGCCUCUUAAAUCGCUGCAAGACUAUGUCUUUGCUUCAACAGACUCACGCCCUUUUGAUUGUCAACGGAGAGUCGGUGGACCCUUUAUUGAACAGCAAGUUAAUCGGUUUGUACGGUUUAUUUGGGCAGGUGAGGACUGCCCGCCAGGUGUUUGACGGAAUUCCUAACCCGGAUAUCGCUUCAUGUAAAGUGAUGAUAAGAUGGUAUUUUAUGAAUAAUUCAUAUGAAGAGGUCAUUACAUUCUAUAAGUUUAUGCAGAGGAGAUUCUUUGUUGUUGAUAACAAUGUGUUCUCGAUUGUGUUGAAGGCGUGUAGUGAGCUGAGGGAUUUUGGUGAAGGGAGGAAACUGCACUGUUACAUUGUUCAAAUGGGGAAACCAGAUAGCUUUGUGUUGACUGGGCUUGUCGACAUGUAUGCAAAGUGUGGCGAAGUCGACACUUCUCGUAGGGUUUUUGAGAGGAUUUGGGACAGGAAUGUGGUGUGUUGGACAUCAAUGAUUGCGGGCUUCGUGCAGAAUAAUUGCUUGAGAGAAGGCUUGCUACUGUUUAACCGGAUGAGGGAUUGCUCGGUGGAAGCAAAUGCUUACACUUUAGGGAUUAUAGUGACAGCUUGUGCGAGAUUAGGGGCUUUGCACCAAGGCAAAUGGGUGCACGGAAAUGUGAUUAAAAAUGGGAUCUUGGUGACUUCCUACUUGUUUACUUCCCUUCUUGAUAUGUAUGUGAAAUGUGGGGCUGUCAAGGAUGCUCGUGUUGUCCUUGAUGAGAUUUGUGUCAUUGAUGUUAUUUCGUGGACAACAAUGAUCACGGGAUAUGCCCAAAACGGGGUUGCUGAUGAAGCCUUGCAUUUGUUCACCGACAAGAAAUGGGGAGAUGUUCGUCCUAAUUCGGUUACCUUAUCGAGUGUGCUCUCAGCUUGUGUGCAGGCAGGCAAUGUCUCGUUGGGUUCAUCAGUUCACAGUUUAGGGGUCAAACUAGGACAGGAUGAUUUAUAUGUCAAGAAUGCUCUAGUUGACAUGUAUGCAAAGUGUCGUAGGAUAAAGGAUGCCGUUAGUCUGUUUGAGUCUAUGGUAGAAAAGGAUGUCGUUUCUUGGAACUCAAUUAUUAGUGGUUAUUCUCACAACGGGUACUUGUAUGAAGCCCUGAGGUUGUACAAUCAGAUGAGAACAGAUUGCUUUAGGCCUGAUCCAGUAACCAUGGUGGCAGUCUUAUCUGCUUCGGCUAGCUUUGGAGACAUCCGAUUUGGCUCUUGCAUACAUGCUUACUCUAUAAAAGAAGGCUUCUUGGCAUUCAACAACGUCUAUGUUGGCACUGCACUUCUAAAUCUGUAUGCCAAAUGUGGCGAUGCAGAGUCUGCUCGCACUUUCUUUGACGAGAUGGUGGAGAGGAACACAGUCACGUGGAGCGCCAUGAUUGGUGGGUACGGAAAGCAGGGCGCUUUGAGCAAGUGUCUCGAGCUUUUCAACGACAUGGUUAAGGAGAAUGUUGAGCCAACUGAUAUAAUAUUCACGACAGUGUUAUCUGCCUGCAGCCAUACCGGGAUGAUCACAGAGGGCUGGAGUUACUUUGAUCAAAUGUGUCGCGUAUACAACUUUAUCCCCUCCACACGACACUAUGUAUGCAUGGUGGAUUUGUUGGCCCGGUUUGGGAACCUGGAGGAAGCUUGGGAGUUCAUUGAGGAAAUGCCGGUGCAGCCUGAUUGCACGAUUCUCGGAUCUUUUCUUCACGGAUGCAGUAUCCAUGAAAGGUUUGAUCUUGGGGACUUGGCUGUGAGAAAGAUGAUCGAGCCUUAUCCAGACGAUGCAGGGCAUUAUAUGCUUAUGGCGAACUUAGAUGCUUUGAGAGGUAGAUGGGAUCGGGUGAGUCAAUAUAGAGCUGUGAUGAAGAGAAGGGGAUUGAGGAAGGAGGUCGGAGUUGCUCUUAUCGACUCAAGUAAAGAUCAGAGGGUGGCGUCGUUUGGUUAAAUUAUAGAGUAGGGUUGAUACAAGGAAAGUGGAUCAGUUUAUGCUCAAGUUGAGGUGAUUUUAAAGAACACGAAUCAAGUACACAAUUUUGUAUUGGUUUAUCUCUUUCGGUCUCUGGAAGAAGAUGAGUUUCAUCAUCUAAUAUCUGUUGCAUUGUUUGGAAUAAUUUUAUCAAAUUAUCUAAAAUGGCCAAUCAGCAUGCACCAAAAUAUUAGGGGAAAUGUGGAUUUAUUCAUUUCUUGGAGUUCAAAUGCACAAGUGUUUAUUGUUGCUGUACUUCCUGUAUUACGAUUUCCUGCAAUUCUUUCUAGGAUUUGUUACGGUAUAGGGUGUUGAAAAAUAACUUAGUUUGGUAUGUUGCUUGAGCAAUAAUUGAAGCUGUGAUAAUGGAGCAUUAUGUAUGGGCUUAAGUGUGUGUAGAACAUUUACUUCUGAUGCUGUACUACUUUUUACAUAAAAUAGUUGUAUCCAAGUUUGAAACCCAUAUGCUAUAUUCGGGAAAGGAACAUAUAUUUUUAAACCUUUGUUUAUAGCCUUAUAUUGCUUUUCUUGUAUUUCUGAAGAAUGGUAUUCUUGGUCUGCUGAAUAUCCUAAUUCAGUUUCAAUCGCGUUUUCUUUUACUUGAUCAGAUUACUUGUUGAAAGGUGAAACUUUCUCUUAGCAAUGGGACGUUUAAGGUUACAAUCUAGUAUUAAUGCAAUUGAAGAGGAACCAGAGGACUGUGAGGCUACCUCUUCCACUAAGGCUACGAUGGGAUCUAUGAUUAAUUCAGAGAUUGGAGCAGUACUGGCAAUCAUGAGAAGGAAUGUGAGAUGGGGAGGUCGUUAUGUAUCAGGUGAAGAUCAGUUGGAGCACUCUCUCAUUCAAUCUCUUAAAAACUUGAGAAGACAAGUGUUUUCAUGGCAACAUGACUGGCGAUCAGUCAAUCCAUCCUUGUAUCUCCAGCCAUUUCUUGAUGUGAUUCGGUCAGAUGAAACAGGGGCUCCAAUUACUGGUGUUGCAUUGUCAUCUGUGUACAAGAUUUUGACUCUUGAUGUACUGGAUAAAAAUACAGUCAAUGUUGAUGAUGCCAUGCAUCUGGUAGUUGAUGCAGUUACGAGCUGUAGAUUCGAGGUAACUGACCCUACCUCUGAAGAGGUUGUAUUAACAAAGAUACUUCAAGUUCUAUUGGCUUGCAUGAAAAGUAAAGCAUCAGUGAUGUUGAGCAAUCAACAUGUGUGUACCAUUGUGAACACCUGUUUCCGGGCAGUACAUCAAGCUGGUGCAAAAGGCGAACUCUUACAGAGGAUAGCUCGUCAUACAAUGCAUGAACUUAUUAGAUGCAUUUUUUCGCACCUUCCAGAUGUUGACAAUACAGAACGGUCAAUAGUUAAGGGAGGCAGUUCUGUAAAAAAUGAGGUCUUCGUGGGGAUUGAUGCACUAUUUGAGUUCUUCAUCUAGCCAUGUGAACAGUAUGAUGGAUGAGAAUAGUGCCAGGGGUGACAAUGGGAAGGAAGGAUGUUGUUCCAUAUGAGUUCUACAACUUUAUCCCCUCCACACGACACUAUGUAUGCAUGGUGGAUUUGUUGGCCCAGUUUGGGAACCUGGAGGAAGCUUGGGAGUUCAUUGAGGGAAUGCCGGUGCAUCCUGAUUGCACGAUUCUCGGAUCUUUUCUUCACGGAUGCAGUAUCCAUGAAAGGUUUGAUCUUGGGGACUUGGCUGUGAGAAAGAUGAUCGAGCUUUAUCCAGACGAUGCAGGGCAUUAUAUGCUUAUGGCGAACUUAGAUGCUUUGAGAUGUAGAUGGGAUCGGGUGAGUCAAUAUAGAGCUGUGAUGAAGAGAAGGGGAUUGAGGAAGGAGGUCGGAGUUGCUCUUAUCGACUCAAGUAAAGAUCAGAGGGUGGCGUCGUUUGGUUAAAUUAUAGAGUAUGGUUGAUACAAGGAAAGUGGAUCAGUUUAUGCUCAAGUUGAGGUGAUGUUAAAGAACAUGAAUCCACUACACAAUUUUGUAUUGGUUUAUAUGUUUCGGUCUCUAGAAGAAGAUGAGUUUCACCAUCUAAAGUGAAUUCAUAUUAAACUAUUCUUUUAUAAGUACUGGCAUGGCAGAUUACUCCAAUAAUCGGUACUACUCAAAAGUCAUUGGUUGAAAUGGGAUUCAAUUGGGUCAUUUUGCAAGCCCACGUCCAGGACCAUUUGAAGCCCAACCCACUUGACAACUCUAUCUGGUCAGCCCAAUAAAUAUUAGCCCAUUUAAAAAUCAGGUCAAUUGUCAAGGGAGUAUUAAUAUUAUUGUUCAUUUAUGAGAUGAUAACAAAAACAUCUCAUUCUCAACUCUACACCACACACUUGACUUCCUCCUUCUCUUCCACUAGCUAGAAUUCAAGUUUCCCUCAAACAAGAUGGAUUCCAAGAAUCAUAGCGAGAAGAAAUCAUCGAACGCUAGUCUUUUGUCGGACGCCAAGGUGGUUGCGGAGGCGGCUCGGGCCCAGUUCGGCAGCCACCCCGGGAAGUACGACAAGGCGAAGGCGGCCGGGUCGGCCGCCCACCUCCUCGACGCUGCGUCUGAGUAUGGGAAACUAGACGAGACCAAGGGAGUGGGCAAGUACGUUCAGCAAGCCGAGGACUAUCUGCGCCGCUACAGCCAUCAUCAGCCUUCCGAGAAGCCGGGUGAGCCCGUUGGCAAGCCGUCGCACGCCGCCGCCGAGUCCCAAGGCGGAUAUGGUGAUCUGGUGAAGGCUGCCGCCGGUUUCUUUAACAAAUAGUUAGUGGUAAUAAGUUAAUUAUUGCUAUUAGUAUUUGUUAAUUUGCACUUAGAGUGUGUUGGAUUUGGGUUUUCUAAGAUACUGUUAAGGUUGUGAUUCUUGGGAUCAUCGAUAGCAUAUUAUUUGUUUGAUACGUCUAUUUUGGGUGAA